AUGAGGCGCUCAAUCAUCUACCGCCACGUCACUGUCACACUUAUUCUUCUGAUUCCCGGCGUUGCGACUGCGAGACCCGAUGACUGGGUCUUCUCUUCGUCACUGUGGUUGUCAAGCGUGCUCCCGGAAAACCUGAAGAGCGGACGUGUCCUAGCCUUCGACUACUCUAUAUCUCUGAAUGAGAGUGAAUCUCCCGUCCAUAAUUUUCUGGUGCAGGGCGAUGCACUAGUUAAUGCAUUAUUGAAUUUCCGAUCCCGCCUUCCGGGCGAUACAAGACCGCUGUUCGGAAUCUGCCACAGUCUUGGCGGUCUUAUCCUGAAGCAGGCUCUCUGCAUCGCUCAUGAGCAACCAUAUCGCUAUGGAUCCAUCCUCAGUUCAGUCGCAGGGAUUAUAUUUUUGGGUACACCUCAUAGAGGCAUCACAGAUGCAGAUACUCUGACAAGAUGGUCAACCAUUUUUGCGAGCACCACUAACACCAAGAAGCCUAUACACCCACCUGAACAUCGAGUCGCGUCGGAAACGGCUAUGUUGACCCAGCUGGCUGAUCGUUUUGAAGAAAUCCAUAUUCAAGCACCGGUUCUUAGUGUUGCCGAAAACAAAAAGACAAAAGUCAAUAAGGGCAUCUUGAAAAGCAAGAGUUUACUAGUAAGUGAUGAUCACCAUCCACAGGUUAGGUUUCUCAUCUCUUCUCAGUUGACCGAUACACCACUGUGCACCACGAACUCUCCCAUCGAGACAAUUAAAGAUUUUCCUCUCGAACAUGCAGCCCUUUACCGGUUAGAGACUGCUGACGAGCCUAGCCGAAAUACGUUUGAGAAAUUUGUACAAGCAGCAUUGAAGGACGCCGAGUGUGUUGUCUUAGCCAGAUUGGAAGCAUGUAAGGCCCCAGGUGCCCAAAUAAAGCAAACAGGACAACAGGACGACAGACUAAUUUUCUGGAUAGUGGAUUUCAAGCAUGCCACCACUAGCACCUAUUCACCAGUCCAGAGUGAAUCAAAUUCAAUAUCAGGUAAGCACCCCAUGCAGAACGAAAAACAAAAUGUAUUCCUUCUCAUCCAGAGUUCAAUAGAGCCGCAAGGGUCACAAAAUAUUCCCGACUCUACUGGUCGAGCAGCAGCUGGAUCUAGUGAUCAAGGAUUCGAGAUGAUACCGCAAAUACAGGACGAUGUUUCUAGGAAAACGGCAGUCAACCUGCCUUGUGUUAUACUGGAGACCAACGAUCCAAGCAGAGUUUUCUUUGGGCAACAGCAGAUCCUGGACACGAUCCAAAAAGCCUUGAUACCCAAGGCCCAAAGUAAAGCAUCUCACUUUGAAUUGCGACAGUUCGCUCUUUGUGGACUCGGGGGAAUGGGCAAAACAGAACUGGCAGCCGAAUUUGCCUUGAGAAAUACUGAAAACUUCGACGCAAUUUUCUGGGUUCGCGCCGAUGAACCCGCGAAAAUGGAUCAGUGUUUCGUAGACAUUUCGGUCAAAUUAGGUCUUGAAACGGCAGAUGAAGCUACGAAUCAAAUUAUUUCACGAUCUCUGGUCAAAGGGUGGCUGGCAAAUCCUGUCAAGGUGAAUACUACAAUCGCUGAAGACAUCAGUUCUACAGCUUCGGGUGGUAAUGAUGCAUCUUGGCUUCUCAUUUUUGACAACGCCGAUGACCCUAAGAUACUCGGAGAUUACUGGCCUGAGGGUCCGGGGAGUGUUCUAAUAACCAGCCGCGACCCAUUAGCAAAGCGACUCUUCUCUUCAAACUCUUCUGGUCUAGACUUGGCGCCAUUGAGCGACAUCGACGGCGCGGCGCUCCUACUGAAGCUUACCGAGUCCGACGAGAGCGCAGAGGAGGAUGCGGAGAACCUUGCACGAGACAUCUCCAGUGAGCUUGCCGGACUGCCUCUAGCUAUCGCCCAAAUGGCUGGAAUCAUUCGCCGGCAGGAUCUUAGCCUAAGCGAGUUCCAGUCCAUCUACGAAGAAGACAAACAUCGGAUAGAUCUAUAUCACACAAAAUAUAACACCAGCACAAAGGCUUACCAGCAUAGCAUUGCUACCGUCUGGGCAUUUGAGAAACUCUCAAUGGAGGCGAAAGGACUCCUCAAAGUUAUGUCUUUGCUGGAUCCAGAUGUCAUACAAGAGAGCAUUGUAUUUGAUGCCGCUGUCUUAAUGUUUGCUCCAUCGUCCUUUAACAGACCCAAAUUCAAUGAAGCUCGCGCCGAGUUGUCACAGUCGUCACUAAUAAGGAGAGACAAGAAAAAGACCGAACUAUCAGACCAUCACAUCUCAGUUCACCGCUUGGUCCAAGACGCAAUAAAAUCCAGUAUGAGCAAUGAAGAGACUGUCUCAAUCUUCGAAAUCCUAGUCAACUUGUUAUGGCAAAAUUGGCCCCCGGCAAUGCCGGCACCGACAAAGCCAUCAUCUCUAUUACAACAUAAAGUGGCCGACACGCGAUACUCAAUGUCUCGGUACCCAUUGUGUGUAGCCCUGUAUCCCCAUGUUCUGCGAUUGAAGCAGAUGUGGUCGCUAGGGUCCGGUUGCAGUGAUAGCACCAAAAUUCGAUUUGCCGCACUGUUGACUGAUGCAGCCUGGUAUCAAUUCGAAAAAGGCAGAUUGUGUGAGUUCGACGGCUUCUUCAACCUCUCACAAAGACUAUGUGAGUCCCUUCCGGGCGACGAUAGUGAAAGUGUCCUCGCCAGCAUCCACUGUUCCCUUGGCCUAAUAUAUACCGACACAAACCGACACCAGCUAGCAAAGAUACACAAGGAAGCUUUUCUGGCGAUGCAGCAGUCUCUUUGCAACAGUAUCGGUAGUGAUUUUGUGGACAUGCGCCUUGGGACCGCUUAUACUGAGAUGGGACUCGCCCUUACUCAGGCUGGGCAACUAGACGAGGCCAUCGACUCUUUCAAGCAGGAAAUGAAAAUCCGAAAGAAACUCGGCGUUACACAUCUCCAAUCCCGGGAUGCCAAUUAUGCGAUGGCGCUAAUGCUCCGAGGAGACAUAGAAGUCGCAGAAAUAGUGCUGUUGGAUUGUGUGAAACUCUGGGAGUCUAGAGGCAGCCCUGUGACACUAAGGUGA